CAUCAGCACCUGCUCAUCAAUCAACUAAAAGAUAUAGAUAUUAACCUCAAGCCUUUAUUCUUGCGCUUACAUUUGGUUCAUUGGACUGUCUACACAAACUACACAAUAUGGACUCCAUCUCUCCCGCCCCCAGCGGCAGCGACAGCGAUACAGAGAGCGCAACCAGUGUUUCCCCUCGCCCACCCACCCCCAAAAGCCAGCCAACGCCUCCGCCUCACCCCAAACUCCUCCUCCAAAUCCAACACCUCUCUUCGAAAUCCACCCGGCCUCUCCCCGUCCUCGAGGUCUGGCAACCUUCGCGCUUUGCGGCCCGGCCGUGCGCGACUCUUCCCAAGCUUCAUGCGGGGGAUAUGUACAUUACCCAGAGCGAGGCAUACGCUUCGUUAUCUGGUGAUGACCACAAUCACAAUUCAGGCUCAGAGGCAGAGGCAGAUGCCAGCCAUGAAGCUGUCGUCGGGGUGAUCUACCACCCACCGGCACAGAAAACAAAAGCGAAAAAAGAGGAGCCGGGGCCGGGGCAGGCGGAGGCGGAGGUGCAUUUCCCGCUGACAGGGCGCACGUGGUCCGCGCGUGUGACAACCGGUAGUGGGUAUCGGUUUCAGGGACGGGAGGGCGAGGGCAACCGGGAGUACGUGCUGCAGUGGAAGAGGCGGGGGGAGAAGAAAAGGAGUACGUCGUUCUCUUCGUCGUCGACGGAUCCGGCGCCUGGGGCCGGAGGGGACAGUGGAAGGUUCGUGUUGGGCAUUGUGGAUAUGAAGACGCGGCGGGGGGCGCGGGUUGCGUCGCUUACGAAAAAGGGAUUUGAGGUUGGGUGCUGGGAACGGCUGCCGCUUGAGGGGCUUCGGGAAUGUGUGGGCUCGUCUACGGAUGAGUCUGAACUGUCGGAGGGCAGUUCAGGACGGCUGUUUAUACAAUGGUUCUGA